CUGCUUUGUUCUUCGAGCUUUUAGGUUUUUUGAAUAGUACUUCAGCUACCCAUGUCCUGGCAAGUGGUGAUUCAUCCAUCAAAGUCUUGACUGCUUUGUUCUAUGUGGUGGAACGGUUUUGGGAAAUCACAAGAAAUUGGAAUGGGAUUAACAGGCUUUGGUGUGUUUUUCCUGUUCUUUGGUAUGAUUCUCUUCUUUGACAAGGCGCUUCUUGCGAUAGGAAAUAUUUUAUUUGUGGCAGGCUUGUCUUUUGUAAUCGGCUUAGAAAGGACUUUCAGGUUCUUCUUCCAGAAACACAAAAUGAAAGCCACAGGCUUCUUUCUGGGUGGUAUUUUUGUUGUGCUGAUUGGCUGGCCAGUAAUAGGCAUGGUUCUUGAAAUUUAUGGCUUCUUUCUUUUAUUCAGGGGUUUCUUCCCAGUCGUGGUUGGCUUUAUUAGACGAGUGCCUAUAUUAGGCUCAAUUCUGAAUUUACCUGGAAUAAGCUCACUGACGAUAUCAUAAAGGAGGCUGAGCAUGAAUUUGUAGAUAAAGUUGGAGACAGCAACAGCAUGGUAUAACAGAGACUGGAUGGACAACUACAGAAGCAUACUGUAUAAUUAUAUUUAUAAGGUUUACCUAAGGAAAACAUUUCUAAAUUUAUAUUUUACUGAGUUACCUGUGUAGGAACAAAUAAAACUUGAUAACGUUCUUUGUACCAAGCUACUUUGUUAGAGAGGAGAGGUGGUCAUGGCAUUGAAUUCCACUCUCUUCAACCUGUCCUCCCCUCCCCAUUGUUCCAGCUGUCUUUUCAUACAGAAUGCCUGAAGCCACAGCCUCCAGCAGAGAGGGCAAGGUAGGCUGGAAUGUGGGCUGAACCACUACCAGCAUCCAUGCUGCUCGUUGAUCAGCAGGAAGGAAGUGAGCCUUAAACUGGCUGAGUUGGACCAGAUAAGACCAACUAAAAAGGAAUAUCUUUCUAUUUAAACCUUAUUUGAUGAAGGCAAGCAAUUAUUGAAAUACUAGAAGGACCCUGACCCACCUGGCCACUUUUUUUGGUUUGCCAUUUAAGUAAUACAACACUUGAAUGGGCACACCUUGUCCCAUUUUUCACUUAAAAAUACAUGUGAUCUUGAUCUUUUAAAUAAAAGUAAAUAGCUUUCAUUUCUGAUUGUCUUAGCCUUAAUUGUGUGUGUCUCACUGCAGUUAUUUUUGAUCACUUUAUUGUCUCUUGUGUUGUACCUGUAUCUUUUUAUGUGAAAGAUCAGGUUAAUGACGAGUUUUAUCUUUCAUGACUGCCUCACUUGGCAGGGAUUUUGUGCAAAUUAACAUGACUGAUGUAUUAUGUACCUUUAGCAGACGGUGAUUACAGUUGUUAAAGCAGAUUUUUUUUAGGUUAUAUUUUCAAACAUGAACAUUUUUCUUGGUGUUAAAACUAAUGUAAAUAAAUGUUUGAAGCAAAUGAUUAUCACUUUUUUUAACAAAAUGUGCCCUUAAUAUGACAACACUUACAACAGUGAGUUGUUAAAACUGAGAAUCAAUAUGUUUUGCUUGUUCAUGUAGGUUUGUGUAAGGCCUGUACUUACCUGCCAAUGGAAGGAAAGUUUGUUUUUUUAUAAAGUGUCCUAAAAAUAACAUUGUCUUCCAAUGGUACGGUUUUGUUCUUGACCAAAAGGAAAUCCUACAAUGGAAAUUAACCUUUGUGAUCUUUUAGAAAAAGAGAUUAAUAACAUCCAAACUGGUGUAUCAAAAUUUGUCUGAAAUCUUGGAAAAUCUGAUGUAAAAAAAAUAUAUUGAAUCUUUGUCUAUAUGGAUGCCUGUUGCCUGUGUAACUUCUAAAAUGAGACAGUAUGAAAACACCAGAGCUGCUGGUCUAAUUUUCAUAACCUGAAAUGGUAUUUAUACAUGUAUUUACAUAAGGAACUGUCUAAGGUGCUAGUUUGACCGGGAGCAGAAACUAGGGGCAAGUUAAUAAAGAAUGAAACCAAGAUGGUGUACUUUAGGGAAAAGAAAAUUUGAUUUUCUUUCAUUUUUAUAGAUGAGUUUAAUUUGACUAUGAUUCUGUAUUGUGCACCAAAACAAUAUUACAAGUUUAAAGUACUCAUUCCAGACCAAAGUUCAUAGAACGCAUUUGUGACAUUUAGGGCAGCUGCUGAACAUGUUAAGAGUUGCACUUUUUGUACCCUACUGCCCUUUGUACCCUUUGAGACUAGAAGUAACAGCAUUGUGCAUCUUUUCUAAAUUGCAGAAAGAAAACAAAAAAAUGCCCAUGGUUUUUUCUUGUACUGAAAAUUUUGCAUGUAUUUAUUAUAUCAGUCUCUCCAAACAUACACUUUCCACUGAACAUGCUUCUUAAUUUUUUGCAUUUAAUUUUUUUAAAUUGUAGGUCAUAAGUCAGGAAAUUUUGGUGUGAAUAUUAUUUUCCAUUUUAUGACUAUGCAGUUCUUUCUGCCAUGUCAGUAUGUGUUGAAAGAAAUCUUUGAUUUGGAAAGCAGAAGAUAUCCCGACUAGUAUGUUCCAUGGUGAAUAUAAUGUCACCAGGUUUGUAGAAGCACAACUCUCAAGUCCAGCUUGUCAUCUGUAUUUAUGGGUUUUUAAAAAUUGCUUGAGAAUCAAUCAUACUUAUCUCAGCAGCCCUCAGGCAGGUGGUUACUUGUGUAAAUUUACCUGGUGCAAAUUUGUAUAGUUUUUCUAAGGUCAUGAAUAGAACUGUUGAUCUGUUCUGGUGAGUUAACUAAAAUAAACCAAAUGUUGGCAAAACAGUGGAUCUAUAAUGUUUUAAUACUAGAUAAAAAUAUGUAACCAUGAAGUGAUAUUCUGAAAAAUUUGAGUCCAGUUUAUGUGGCCAGCCUUACAGGGCUUGUUUUCCAAAGAUAGGAUUGAUCACUAAAUUGAUGCUGCAGAUAUAUUACAGCUUGAUGAAUUGCUGAACACAACAGGAGAAAAGAGUAAAAACAGAUUCAGUAUAACUUGUAGUUGACAAUUUAAAAAAUCAGUUUAACUGAAGCCACUCCUCUUCUGAUAGAAGUCUGAAUCUAAAGCAAGAUAUGAUUUCUCAAACAUAUGCAAUGCAGUUUUCCAACUGAUAAUAUUAAGAUUCUGUAGAAAUCUGUUGUAUUUUUCUUAAAUUCAAUUCUUAGAUUGUCAUCUUGUGAUCUAGUUGUACUACAAAGCAGGAACUUACUUCAUUGACUGUGACAGUAGGCAAUUGCAAAGGAUAUUAGGAGAAUUAGCCACAGUCGUGAUGUUGAAGAGAAUUUUUUUUUGCAUAGUUUUGAAAGUUGGGUGAUAGAAAUCAUAUUAGAACAGUUUAACAAGAACUCCCAAGUAUGGGAGACUGAUGUUUUAAUUCUGAACCACUGAUUUGAGAGAGAGAGAGACAUCUGCACGUAAGCCAAGCUGAGAAGGAGGAAGGUGCAAACCAGAACACAGAUUUGUGCAGGAAAUGUGUGAAUGUGUCAAAUCCUUGUUCAAUCUCUGAUAGGCUCCAGUGAGGUAAUGGAGAUUGGCAAUGACAGGACAGAUUGAACUUUUUAGUACAGGACUUUCGUACAUGAUAGGAUGAGAAUGUUGGAGUAAUCCAGAGGCUAUUGGAAACUUGAGGACGGAGUUUCAGUGAAGGUGAAGUUGGGACAGAGGCGCAUGAAGUUGCAGAGGUGGAAAUCUCAGUUCAUGGUCAGACAAUGUUGAGUUUAUGCACCAUUUAAUCCAAAUUCAAAAUAGAUGCACUAGGGAACUAUGGAUCAAUUCAACCACACUGAAACAUAGAGGUUUUACUUUGCCAUUGUUUGACCUGAAGAGAGUGAUCAUCUAUUACAACUAUUGAACUGAGACAAAAAAGUAGAGUUAUAUUUUAAGGUGAAGGCAGAGUUAGAAAAUUGACUGAUUAACCUUCAGCUGCAUGAACCACAGGCUCUGGGAUUCUCUUCUGAAGUAUCUCUGCCUUUUCGAGAUCAGUCCAUCUCUUGGAUCAAGCAUUUGGUUGCAUGUCCUAAUGGUUCUGUAAUUCAGUCCCAAAUGUUGUAAAUUCUGGUUUGAAGUGCCUUGGGUAAUUUUUUUCGCAAAUUAGAAGUGCUCUCUAAAGGCCAUUACAUGCAAACGUGCUAACUUGGAAAAUUAGCAAAUGCUGACAGACCAAUCAAGGCAGGCCCAAAUUAAGGGCAAGGGAUCUAUGCAGAUGAAUUAGACUGAAAAUGCAGUGGCCAUUAGCUAAUUAUAAUUUAAGAUUCAAUAAUCCCAUCAUUUCAUUCCCUUCCCUUCUAGAGGAAUAAACUGCUUCAAAAUAAUGAAUAUCAGUGAUGGAUUUAGAUAAAAGUGCAAAAAUCCUUUCUCUUGGCCAAUUAGCAGCAUCUGAAAUUUGAAAGUAAAAGUAGGUCUGAUGAUUGCAGUUAUGUUUUGGCCUCUGGUAAAUCUGAGCUCAACUAUAUCAUUUGGAUUUGUGAACCAAAAUCUUUAAUAAUAGUCCGAUGACAUAUACAAAACUGUGCACUCAGUCCCUGCCCUGACCCAACUGCAGCCUGGAGGCAGUUGUGGGAUGAUCUGCAUUGAAGGUACAAUUUGCUGAUUUUUAACAGAGAUUACUUCUAGAUACAUUUUGGAGGGGUAAAGCUGUUUGUAUGACUGAAAUAAUUGUAUGAUGGAUUUCUGAUGAAGGGCCACCCAUACAUUUUAGCCUGUUUAUUUCUCAUGCCGAAUUGCUGUAUAUUUAAGUUAUUUUCUGAUGUGAGGCUAAUAAUUGCUGUUGAUUAUGGUAUGUUAAUGCAUCACAUGCACCUCUUACAUUUCUCUGUUAUUUUAAAGGGGUUAGUGCAUAUGAAGUGAAACAGGAUACAUCAGUAGACGUCAUUAGUAAUUUCUGUCCAAUGGUUUCUCUGACUGACUGGAAAUAAACAUUUGACUUGAAA